ACGACGGAAGCACAAGUGUAACAGCCUUUCACUUUACGACAACAUAGGCCUUCCGUUUGUAUUUCGCAGAGCGCUUUUUUACGCUAGACGUUAGCAUUCAUAUCACUUGGAGAGUGCCAGUAUUUGCUCAAAUACAAUGGGAAUAGAGGAAGAAACGGACCGGACGCUCUUCAUAAGAAAUUUAGAUGCAAGAGUGACGGAGGAGCUUUUGUUCGAACUGUUUUUACAGGCAGGACCUCUCAUCAAAAUAAAAAUUCCAAAAGACUCGGAUGGGAAACAGAAAACAUUUGGUUUUGCUGUUUACAAACAUGAAGUGUCCGUGCCAUAUGCCAUGCAACUACUCGACGGGACAUCGCUACAUGGGAGAACUCUUCAUGUGCAGUUCAGAUCAGGUAGCAGCCAUAGCAGCAGUCCAGGGAACUCGCAGAAUUCAAGUCCUGCAAAUACCCCAAAUCCCCAUGGCCAGAGGAUCCAGUUCAGUUCCCCACCGUAUACUCAAGCGCCCCAAAUGCAGAGGUCCUUUUCAUCUCCCGAUAAUCUGCAGAAGAAUGUCAUGAUGAACAACAUGAUGUGGCAGCUCCAAAUGCAGCAGCUUCAGCAGUUGAAUGGCAGCUUCUCCAAGCCUCCGCAGAGGCAGCCGCCUGCAGGUGGAAAUUCUAGCGGCGGUGGCUCAAGGCAACACGACAACAACCCCUAUCGGCAUCAGCCGUCCCAGAUGAACAGCGGUGGCAGAAAUCAGCGCUACGCAGAUGAACCAGGUUCCUGCCGUCAUCAGCAACACAGCCACAGCCGGGGCAGCUACCAUCAGAACGACAGGAGUGGCAACCGUCACCAUGACAGCAGAGGUGGCAACAGACAUGACGAUAGGGGUAGCAGCCGUUGCUACCAAGAUAAUAGAUGGCGGCGAUACUGAGACACGUAAAGGGAUUUCUGUAAAGACUUCAGUCCUUCACAGAUUUGUGGACAGUUUACUUAAAAAGAUCAUGGAUUAUGUUGACAGAUUGACAUGUAUACUCAGGUUGUUUGUACAUGAUCCUACCAGUUUGAAGAUUUAAUAACUUAUGCCUUAGAGCCAUUUUGUUCAUUUUUAAGGCGUUUUUAAAUUUGUACACUUCUUUCAUGUGAGCUUUUCCUCACAGAUGUUGCAAAUAUUUUGAUGGGAAGAACUGUAUUGCCAUGGGAGUAAGGAAAAAAAGUCAGACAUGACAGGUAGUCAUUUUGGAAGACAAAGAAAAAAAACCAUGUAUUUAACAAAAAAAAGGAUAUUGGCUGGUUUUUAUGUUAUACAAAUAGUAAUGAAAUGGUGCUCCCAGAACUUCAAAAAUUCUUCAGGUACUUUGCAAAAAAGAACACAUUUUUCAGCUAAAGAUUCCACCAGCACCACUUUUACUGCAAUAGGGCACCAUCCUUUCUUAAUGUUAGAUCUGUCCUUGCUCUUUCUAAAAAAAAAAAAAUGGGCUUUAUUUUAUUUUUUUUAUUCUGAGUCUGUAAGACAAACUGUUUUAAAAUGAACAUUUUCAUUCUUAUAAAGCUCCUUUCAUUUGA